UCGACAUCCAGAGCUCAACUGAGGCGGUGUCUCGCGGCGGAAGAAACUAGAGUUCAUAGGCGAUUUGUGUCCGUAGUUAGGUGAACCAUUUAUACGCAUCCGCGGUGCACAAUGCGCAAAUCGGCGGGCAGCCUGGCCUCCGAGGCCUUCUCCAGCUCCAACUCCUCGCUAAGCAACUCGUACAGCGACGGCAGCGACCUGGCCAACUGGGAGGAGUACGUGGCCGCCGACGGCAGUCUCUUCUACAUGGAGUAUGUGAGAAACGAGAAGUCUGCUGGAGCAGCGGAGCGGCGGGUGGAGUUCAUGCGCCGAUCGCUGCGCCUGGGAAAGAAGUCGUCGCGUCGCAGUGGCAAUCAGAGUGAGUCAGAUCAGAGUCAGAGUCACAACCAAAACCAGUCCCACGGCCAGAGCCAGUUGGAUUCGCAGACGGAGCCGCAAGAGUUCCGAUUCUCACAGUUCAAGACGGCUGCCCCCGAUCCCAAGAAACUGGAGCUGGUCAUAACGGCCGCCGAUCGCUUCCGCUUCGGACGACGCUCCACGGCGGUGGAGUCGAUCCUGGGCUUCCGGGUGCUGCCCUUUGCGGACCAGCCGGAAUGCCUGAUGGUCGAUGGCUUUGUGCACGAUCUGAGUGCCCUGCAGCAUGGCAUCAAGCGGGGGGAUUGGUUCAGGUCCCUCAAUGGCAUCGAGUUGUAUGCCAGCAAUGUGGACGAGUUGCUGCAGCAGUUCGUGGAGCCCACCCAGGUGUGUCUGGGCUUUCAGUCCUGCGGAUCGGCCAGUGCCGCCACCGCCACGGAUGCCGCCUACAAGGAGAACCAGCCGGAGGAGCAGGUCUGCAAGGUGGAGAGCUUUGCCAUGUUCACGGACAGGUUCGAGCAAAUGUUAAUGGUCGAGGGCCAUUCGGGGAGUUCUGGCCAAAGCCCGCCGGACAUAGCCCUGCCCUUUGCCAUGCUGCUCCUGCCACCGGAGUGCUACCAGCACGAGCAGCAACAGGACUCGCUGUACUACUACCCGGAAACGCCGGACAACUUCCUGUUCAAGGCCCGCGGCAGCUUCCUCACCCUGCACGCCGUGCUCAGUGAGCUGCACACCCAGCCGCUGAGCUCGCGACUGCUGGUGGAGCAGGUGCAGUACCAGGUCAACUACCGUCGGCUCAACGGCUUCCUGGUGCUGUUCGCCUACGCCGGAGCACUGUGCAGUGCGGCGGAGUGCAGUCUGCGGUCGGACGAGCUAAUAGGCUACAUACGCUUCUCGCUGCCUGGCCUGGUCCUGGAAUCCUUCAACGAGGUGCAGGGCGGACCGGAAGCGAACGGCGGAUCGGCGCUCAAGCUGUUCUUGCGGCACUUUUGUGACAUCCAGCGGACCCGCCUGCUGGCCAGGUGUCGAGGGGCCAUCCGGUUCGAGGAGCUGCUGGGUCAGUCGCGAAGCCUGCCGCUGCCCAAGGAGGCCCAGCUGCGCAUCUUCGAUGCCCUGAGCGAAAUGGAGGCCAUGGACUAUCGCAACUGGAACGACGAGCCACUGACCACCCACCGCGAGUUCUUCAUCUACGGCAGUGCCCUGUACUACGACGGCUUCCUGGUGGCCAGCCUGCUGCCGCCGGAGGUGAGGGUCAGUGUGGAGGGUUUCCUGCGCUGUCGGGGCAUCUUCGAGCUGCUGGGCGCUGCUCCGGGGAUCCGAGUGCGCGAGAUGUAUGUGUGGGAGGAGAUUGUCCUGCCCAGCGCCACCGGUCGCUACUUCCUCACCAUCUGCACACGCAAUCACCUCAGCCUGGCCGUCAUCCUGAAGAUCUUCGAUGCGCCGGACAUGGCGCCGGAUGCGGUGGUGGGUCCGUCGCUCUUCUACAUCGAGGAGAUCCAGGAGACGCUGGACCACCUGGUGCAGUGCGGCAUCGAGUCGCUGGCCAUGUUCUGGUCCGUGUCCAACAAGAGGCCCGAGGUGCUGGAGGCGACGGCGGCGGCGGAAGGCAGGGAUCAGGAGAAGGAACCCAACAGCCGGCUGGAGUCGUUCCUCAAGCAGAAGCUAACCGUGCUCAGUCCCUCGGUGGAGGAGGAGGCCCAACUCUGCUCGUCCCUGGGCGGAUCCUCCAUACACAGUUUGACUCCCAGCGAGGACGACUCGUCGCGCCGAAGACUGACGCCCAUCCAUGGCGCUGGCGAGGAUUCGGACAGCGGCUCCGACUGGGAGAACUUUGCCGUGCAGCAUCCACUGCACUACGGACUGAAUCUGGGGGGCGAGAACCACAAUCAGAGCCAGAUGACGGAGUCCAUGUGGAAGGAGAUCAACAACGUGGUGCCGGUGAAGAUCUCUGCCGGCUGGAAGAACUGCGUGCUGCACUACGUCUACAUCGACAUAGCCAAUGGGUCGCUGUUUGCUCCGUUCACCGACACUUCCGAGAGCUCCUCCCUCCUCUCGGAGAUCCGCCAGGCCUGCCACAUAAUCCACGCCGUGCUGGAGAAAUCAAAGCACUAUCGCCGCCAGCUCACGGAAUCCUCGAGGGCACCGACCAGCUCCAAUGGCCACAGCAGCCAUGCAGUGUCGCUGGUCAAGGAGCACGGCCUGACCCUGGAGGCCAGUGCCCAGCCUAAGUUGGAGGGUCAAGUCCCAUCCCCGAGGAGCAGUCGCUUCGUGGUGGUCGGUCGCCUGUUCCAGUCACCAGCCAAGGAAGUCUACGUGUGCCACCGCUCCGAUGUUCCCCAAAACAUUGUGGAAAUGGCCUUCCGAUUGUCCUUUUUCUCCAUGGGAUAAGGGUUUAAUUUCAAUUUGGUUGGAAUGCAAAAUAUUUAUUUAUUUUAGUUCCUUAAGAAAUACCAACGUAUUUAAAAUUGAACGACCCCUAUAAAAUAAAUCCUUAAUUAGACUGCAGCUUUAUUUAAUACAAUUCAAAGAAAGUAGCGGACAAAUUUUAAACUAGGCAUUCA